GAUGCCACGAAGAAACCCUAACAACUCAAUAACGGAACAAUCACCAACUUUAUAUAAACUCACACUCACCGCCGACCUCCAAACCCUAGCACUCAACUCAUUCAUUUCUAUAAACCCUAAUCACCUCUUUCAAUCAUCUAAUCCCUCAUUCAUCUCACGCAACAUGUCGGACGAUGAAACCAGAGAGGAGAAGGAGCUGGAUCUUUCGUCUCCAGAAGUUGUAACAAAGUACAAAUUGGCUGCUGAAGUUGUUAACAAGGCCUUGCAGUUGGUUUUGUCAGAAUGCAAACCUAAAGCCAAGAUUGUUGAUAUAUGUGACAAGGGAGAUUCAUACAUCAAAGAGCAAACAGGGAGUAUGUACAAGAAUGUCAAAAAGAAGAUUGAAAGGGGAGUUGCAUUUCCAACAUGUUUGUCUGUGAACAACACAGUUUGUCAUUUCUCUCCACUUGCCAGUGAUGAAACAGUAUUGGAAGAAGGUGACAUUGUGAAAAUUGAUAUGGGGUGUCAUAUAGAUGGAUUCAUCGCUGUGGUGGGACACACUCAUGUUCUUCAACAAGGACCUGUGACGGGUAGAGCAGCUGAUGCGAUUGCAGCUGCGAAUACCGCUGCUGAGGUUGCCUUAAGACUUGUGAAGCCUGGAAAGAAGAACCAAGAUGUUACUGAAGCCAUUCAAAAAGUUGCUGCUGCCUACGACUGCAAAAUUGUGGAAGGCGUUUUAAGUCAUCAAUUGAAACAAUUUGUGAUUGACGGGAACAAAGUCGUAUUGAGCGUCUCAAAUCCCGAAACCAGAGUUGAUGAUGCCGAGUUUGAGGAGAAUGAAGUUUAUUCAAUUGAUAUCGUCACCAGCACCGGAGAUGGCAAGCCAAAAUUGUUGGAUGAAAAACAGACAACAAUAUAUAAAAGAGCAGUUGAUAAGAGUUAUCACUUGAAAAUGAAAGCUUCUCGGUUUGUAUUCAGUGAGAUCAGUCAAAAUUUCCCAAUCAUGCCAUUCUCAGCUAGGGUUUUGGAAGAGAAGCGUGCACGAUUUGGGUUGUUGGAAUGUGUUAACCAUGAGCUUUUGCAACCAUACCCUGUUCUUCAUGAAAAGCCUGGUGACUUUGUGGCACAGAUCAAGUUCACGGUCCUCCUCAUGCCAAAUGGGUCCGACCGUAUAACCUCUCAUACACUUCAGGAGUUGCAGCCGACUAAAACUGUUGAUGAUCCUGAAAUCAAAGGGUGGCUAUCUCUUGCUGUGAAGUCCAAAAAGAAGGGUGGUGGUAAGAAGAAGAAAGGGAAGGGAGUUGAAAAAAGUGAAGCAAUGGAAGAAACAUGAAAUGGUGGGAGAUUUUGAAGUCAAAAUUUUGGUUGAAUUAGAUAGUUUGUUAUGUUUCUAAAAGCAUGUACAAACUUGAUUCAUAACCUUCUUCUUCCUUAUAUACAGUUGACAUGUAGCAAAGUGAGUUUGUGUAUUGUCGUCUUCUUGGAUGAUGAUGAGUAAUAAUUGACUACAGUUGCUAGUUUGAGCAAAACUUAAAGAUCCAA